ACAGACAGACAGACAGACUUAUAACGGACUUUUGUAUCUAUAGCUUGUAAUAGUUCAUAUGUAUGAAAUAUAAAGACAGACAGACAGAUAGACAGACAGACAGAUGGACAGACAGAUAGACUGACAGACAGACACAUUGUAGACAGACAACGCAUAGACAGACGGUCAGAUACAUGGACAAACAUUGCUACAUACAAACAGACAUAAAACUAUUAGAUAAACAUUACUGUUGUCCAUCAUAGAUAUUUACUACCAGACACACUACAUUGCUUUAGUAAUUUUAACUAAUCAACGAUUUUAUGUCCAUGUGAAGAGUGGCGGUGACAUCACACUGCUAGACAAUGGCUUUGCAAGUCCUCUCUACUAUGCCACCAAAUAUGGUCGAAUUGAGUGCGUUCGUUAUCUUCUAUCGAAACACAAAGAGAAUGAACGUAAAACGGUGACAUGUCACUACGUUGACGUGCCGUGUAAGGCUCCAAAAUGGGAGACUCCGUUGUGGGUGGCAGUGAGACAGGGUUAUGUCGAGAUUGUGGCUCUGCUGGUGACGAGUGGCUGCCACUUGGAACAGCGAGAUCCCAAUGGAUGGACUGUGCUUCAUGCAGCUUGCAAGCGAAGUAAUGUGGAAGUGGUGAAGACGCUUUUAAAGUUGAAACCUUCUGCAAUCAAACAUAUGAUAACUGUCACAUGUGAUGAUGGAUAUCCCAUCCACUUGGCAUGUCAUUUCUCCAGUCUCGACGUCAUCAGACUUCUCAUCUCUCACCAUUCACCACUCAACAAAUUUAACAGUUUUGGUUGCACACCUCUAAUGGUCUGCUGUCAGUCAGGUCAAUACCAGACUGUACAGUUAUUGUUAGAUGCCGGUGCCGAUCCUAACCUAGUGAGCCCUAUUAGUAAGAAAACUGCCAUGCAUUGGGCUGUUAAUCGUCGGGAUCUACAAAGGGUGUGGCUGCUGCUUCAAUUUGGUGGUGAUCAAAGGACACGAAAGGACGGUCUGAGUGUGACACCACGACAGAUGGCUGAACGGCAGCUGGCUAGAGCGACUAGGAAAGGGGGAGCGGGAUAUACUCCUUCAGGAUUUGUGAGUCCUCGAGAUGUGAUGUGUUUGCGAGAAAUGAUGGAUAGUCUAAACUAUUUUGAUGGUCGUCUACGAACUCUAUACGAAUUAUCUCGUGUAUCUAUUCGCCAACUGCUCGGUCCAUCAAGAAUCGACAAAGUCGAUCAACUUCCCUUACCACCUUCACUCAGAGUGUACCUCAAAGACAUGUUCUACAGGUCACCUCCUGACAGUCGAUGACACAGUUCAUGUUGACCGAGUUUACUAUCGACGUCUAUUAUAUAAACAGUUGUACACAUGAGGAAUAUGGAUUAUGUUGUUGCUGAAUGAUAAUAGAUGGUAUUAUUGCUUUAUGAGAUUUGAGCGGUUUCUGAACGUUUGCUGAUGUAAUGAGGUAUGUUUGAUAGAAAAACGUGAAUAUGGAGCUUGAUGUGAUAUAAUAAUAUAAUAUGGUAUCGUUAGAUGCUCUUACACUUGCAUACACGCCAAGUAUCUUACCAUAAACAUACAGUUGGAUAAACGUAACAAAAUGUCAAAUACACACAAACUAAAAAAUAAGGUAAUUUGUUAACACAAAAUGU